UCACUGAUUCCGUGGCUGGCGAUCCUCCUGGGCAUUUUCAUCCCGCUGAUUCUCAUAAUCCUCCUGAUUCUUGCUUUUGUCUAUCGAAAAAAAAUUCCAUUUAUGAAGGACGUCGUUAGUAACAGGAGAAAACAGGAUGACGCGAUAUCCCCGCCUCCAAUUUCAACCGCCACUCUCAGCAAAUGCAUCGAGGACCACAAGCAAAGUGGGGAAUUUAACCAGCUCUUCAUGAAAUUGAAAGGAAUCUCAGUCACCGGAUUAGAACAUGAGUACCACUUGACAAAGAAUGCCGCUGAAAUGAACUCUUCGCUAAACCGAUAUGUUGAUAUGGUUCCUUAUGACCAGUCAUUGGUAAUGCUGGGUCACCCGUGGCCAGAAAUCACCGAUAAUCUGAAGCCACAAGUCGAGUUCUCUAAGUUGGAAACGUUCUACAUAAACGCCUCGUACAUUCGGCGGCCUCGCUAUAGUCCCAACGGUGGUGAGGCCACUAUUCCUGGUGCUGAUACACCACCUGAGUACAUUGCAACGCAGGGCCCACUGCCAGACACUGUAGUCGACUUCCUGACCAUGGUCUGCGAACAGAAAUCGCCCCUCAUUGUGAUGCUAUGCCUGACUGAAGAAAAGGGGAAGCCAAAGUGCAGCAAGUACUGGCCUGAUAAGGGUUCCCAGGACUAUUCCUCAUCGAGUCGAAAAGUCCGCGUUACUCUGAUGGGAGAAGAACAGUGCGAAAAUUGGUGCCGCCGCCAACUACGUAUUGAAAUACCAGAUAAAGCACAGACCUGGGAUACUACACACAUCCACUUCUCGAACUGGCCGGACUACGGCGCCCCUCCGGUGGAAAUCUUCUACAACCUGGUUUUGGCUCACGUGGAUGUCAGAAAGCAGUAUCCUUUAGGGCUGGAUUAUGGCCCAACAAUUGUGCAUUGCAGUGCUGGAGUUGGUCGAACUGGAACGCUUAUUGCAGGCCGAUUCCUGUUGGAUCAGUUGCGUAAGAACAACCAAACGACUGACAUAUUUGGCACGGUUUUGGCUCUUCGCAAGUGGCGAGCAAAUCUGGUGCAGGCGACUCCUCAGUUCCAAUUUCUCUAUGAAUUUGUCCAAUACUGCUUGGGAAGGGAACGGGGUCACCAACCCCUGGCACUUCCAAGACAAGCGCCUCCACCACCAGACACCAAUAAUGAAGGCGAAUACAUGAAUAUUGUGGGUUCCGGCAAACCGAACACGACCAAUGGUAAGUUUAUUCUGCGUACAAUUUAUCACAUCUCCAACUCUGCAACCCUCGUUGUGAUGUUUCAUUGUCGCUUGCGACUGGUGCGUUUCUCAACAUCAUCGAGAUGCGUCUGUCUCUGA